UGGUGGGCGGUGAUCCGGUGGUGAAAACCUUAUCAUCCACAUGCUUGAUGAAGGUUCCAUAUGUUUAAAUAUUGACUCUACGGGUUCUUGGGGUUUUGCUGCCAUAGGUUGAGGACGGCAACACCUGACCAAUAAGAACAAAAAAACGAAAGGGUUAGACCGGAAAAGUGUUAUUGAAUCACUUUUGUGCCAGGAACCCAAAAAAAAGUCCCCCCGAACUCAAUUCCCCGAAACUACCCGUCAGACUGCAAUUGUUAUUUAUUUUCCUUUCCUUUUAGUUAGUUUUAGAUCUCCAGUCUUUAUUUUCCUUCUUUGGCUUGUAAUUUCAAAUUUUUUAUUUCACAUUCGUCACUGUUAUUUCAAUUCAGCUUUCUAAUUUCGAUCUUUUACUCUCUCAAAAAUCAAAAUCAUGCCACCUCCUCUGCGUUUCCUACUAUCAUCACCAUUUUUACUUUUCUCUUUUAGCAUGCAAAAACCCUAAUUUUCCGUCUGAAUUGCUUUUGUAGGGUUUCUCUCCCAGCAGAAAUCCCUUAUUAUCAUAAUUGCUUUUAUGAUUAUUACAAAAAAAAUGCUUUAUGUAGAUGGAUUUUGAAUUUUUAAAAUUUUUAGGGUUUUUAAGCUUUGGAUUUCAACAAUGGGUGCCUUAACCAGCAAUAGCAAGCGAGACCCGUAUUCAAAUGCUCCGGACUUUCACAUUUCAAAAAAGCCUAGAUUGUCGUCGUUCAUGCAUCAAGCUCCGAAUCAAACCCUAGGAUCCUCCAACAACACAGUCUCCAGAAUCUCCCGGUAUCCGGAAACGACCUCAAAGUUUCGCCGGGAGGUUCAUGCGCCUUGUAGAAUACUCAAAUUUGGGAUUUCCAGGUCAAAAGAUAUUGAGUACAGUGAAAAAAAUAAAUCCAGUACCGCAGAAAUGGGGAAUUUCUUGAGUAAACAGCUGGAUUUCGCCAAGAGAAGCGCACUUGGUGCUUUUAGAUAUUUGAUUAAAGAGAAGGAAGUCAUUGAUGUUGAUAACGAGCUCGAAAAGUCUGGAAAGGAGGUUGUAUCGGACGAUUCUAGCAUCCAGGAAGUUGAGGCUAUUGAAGAAGAUGGAAGAGAAGAUAGGUCUAUGGUUUUUGACCGGAGGUCGGGUGAGGGAGUUGUAGAUGUUAAGAUUGUGGAGGAGAGAUCCGUGGUCACUGUGGAUGGGAACAUCGGGCUGCAAUAUGCGAGUAAAAUGUUGGAUUCAUUAACAUUGAAUAAUGAGGUAGUUGUAUCCAGUGUUGAGGCGUAUAAGAAGUUGUUGGGGAUGGCCGAGAGGAGAGAUGGGCGAUUGAAAGAAUUGGAUUUCCAAAUUGAGUUGAAUGAAAAGAAGCUCAGUUUUUACCAGUCAAUACGGCCAGUAAAGAAACCGGAAGUGCAGGAGAUACCUGAUGAACCUUUUAUUCCUCUUACAGAGGAGGAAGAGUAUGAUAUCAAACGUGCAUUGUCAGCCAACAAUAGGAGGAGGAUACUGGUCACACACAAGAAUUCAAACAUUGAUAUUACUGGAGAAAUUUUGCAGUGCCUUGCCCCAGGUGCAUGGUUGAAUGAUGAGGUCAUAAAUUUAUACUUUGAGUUGCUCAAAGAAAGAGAAAAGAGAGAGCCAGAGAAGUUUCUGAAAUGCCAUUUCUUCAACACUUUUUUCUACAAAAAGUUAGCAGGUGGGGAUAAGAAGAUCUAUGAUUAUAAAGCCGUCAGAAGAUGGACUACAGAGAGGAAGUUGGGAUAUUUUCUGAUUGACUGUGAUAAAAUUUUUGUCCCUGUUCAUAGAGAGAUACAUUGGUGUUUAGCAAUUAUAAAUAAAAGGGAUCAAAAGUUCCAAUAUCUUGAUUCUCUCAAAGGAAGGGACCUCAGAGUGCUGGAAAAUCUGGCCAAAUACUAUGUUGAAGAAGUAAAGGACAAGAGUAAAAAAGACAUCGAUGUAAGUAAUUGGGAACGUGAAUUCCUUGAAGACCUUCCUGAACAGCAGAAUGGGUAUGACUGCGGUGUUUUCAUGAUCAAAUAUGCAGAUUUUUAUAGCAGAGGUAUUGGGCUUUGCUUUAACCAGGAUCAUAUGCCCUAUUUUCGGAUGAGAACUGCCAAGGAGAUUCUAAGACUGAGAGCUGACUGAUUGGAGGAGUGAUCUGUUAGUAUGAAUUUUGUUUAGCAAUUCUGCAAAGAGCAGAUCUGCCCUAAGAUUGCAAAGUACUUUGUGCUUUUUUGUGAAUGGAGAACCUUUCGACAUUGUUCAACAUCUAUGGUAAAGCAAUUUUGUCUAGUUGGAUUAAUUGAUCAAAGAUUGUUCCCGCAAUUGUGCGACUGGUACAGAAUUCAUAGCAAAAAAAAAAAAAAAAUGCAGGAACUGUGGCUGGCACAAUACUGAUGCACGCUGGGUUUUGAAUAUAUUUUCCCUUUUUUUUUUUUUUUUGGGUUGAGUUUUUGUUUGUAAUUUAGCACAUAAAAAACAAGUGAUUUUCUUACCUAUUUUUUAAAUCUUGACUACUUCCACCAUUUUAAUUCGUGGGCAUCUGAUAUGAGCUGUAGCCUGAUUGCUUGGCGAAUGGAAUAGUAAUCAAACAUGGCAGUUUAAUUGUUUCUA